AAGUGAAAGUAAAAGCAAAAAAAUACCCAUGAAAAGCGCUGACACACGGCCUGCCACAAAGCUGUAAGGUUUUUAUUUUCAGAGGCAGCUCUUGGCUUCACCCUUCGUCUCCUCUGUCUUCACGCUGAAGAUGCUGCACAGUUUGAAGCCCUGUGAGCAGCAGACUGGAGGUUUCAACUUUGAAAACAGCCGCAGGAAUGCAGUGUUGGAGUCCAAUUUUUCAGAGCUCGGCUACAAAGCUCCCAGUGCCAGGAAGACGGGAACCACCAUCGCUGGGAUUGUUUACAAGGAUGGAGUCAUUCUGGGAGCAGACACCAGGGCAACGGACGACAUGGUGGUGGCUGACAAAAACUGCAUGAAGAUUCACUACAUCGCUCCAAAGAUCUACUGUUGUGGGGCCGGCGUGGCUGCAGAUGCAGAGAUCACCACGCAGAUCAUGGCAUCCAACGUGGAACUGCAUACGCUCAACACUGGGCGACCCCCUCUUGUCGCCAUGGUAACCCGACAGCUGAAACAGAUGCUGUUCAGGUACCAGGGUCACGUUGGUUCGUCUCUGAUUGUUGGAGGAGUUGAUGUGACUGGAGCUCACCUGUACAGUGUUUAUCCACAUGGCUCCUAUGACAAGCUGCCUUUCCUCACCAUGGGUUCUGGAGCUGCAGCUGCUGUGUCUGUAUUUGAGGACAGAUUCAAACCCAACAUGGAGCUAGAGGAGGCGAAGCAGCUUGUACGAGACGCCAUCGCUGCAGGAAUUUUCUGCGACUUGGGUUCAGGCAGCAAUGUGGACUUGUGUGUUAUCACUGAGGCUGGAGUGGACUUCCUGCGAGGCUAUGACAAGCCCACAACGAAGGGCAAAAGAGAGGGACAGUACAGGUAUAAGCCCGGCACCACAGCUGUCCUGACCAAAACUGUGACCCCGCUCUCCCUGGAUGUGGUCGACCAGUCUGUUCAGAUCAUGGACACUGAAUAAAACACAAUAAAAUGCUACUGCUGGAAAAAAACAUCUAGUCACUAUGUGGUAAUAAUAUAUCAGUGUAAUGAUAAAGGCAGAUCAGAGUGCACAUAGAAGAGGUUUGUUUAGUGUCUCUAUAGCAUCACUGACUGUAAAAGUUGUUUGGUAAUAAAAAGCAUUUGAUGGUUAAA